AUGAUUUCUCUAGAAGAAGAGUACAACUUGGGAGAAACCAUCACGCCUGUCUGGAACGCCGAAGAAGCUGCCACUGCAUCUCCAGUGCAACCUAUUAUCACUGUUCAGCUAAAGGAACCUCUUACUGUCCAAACAUAUCUCCCGAGAGUUGUAGUAACCACUACAGUUGCUAGAAAGGCUGAGUUUGACACCAAAGAAGUCCCAUGGGAUUAUAAAACAAAAGCCAAGGGCAAGAUGAUUGACACCGCUGUGGCUCAGGGGAUGACUAGAUCAGGAAGGUGCUAUACUCCCGAGAAUCUGAAUCAAGGAGUUAUUGGGAAGGAGCCGAAUCCCAAGAAGAAUGUUACGGAUGCUGAAGUCACAGAAUUUUGGAGAAAGAUGCAGCCGAAAGACUAUUCAGUCGAGGAGCAACUGAAGAAGACAUCGGCUCAUAUAUCCAUAAUGUCUUUGCUAAUGAGUUCUGAGGCUCAUAGGAAUGCUUUGAUGGAGGUGUUAAAUGGGGUUUGCAUUCCAAAAGAGACCGCAAGUGAAACCUUAGCUGCAACAAUUGGACAAGUGUUGGAAUCUAACAAAAUCUCUUUCCAUGAUAAUGAGCUACCAACGGAAGGGACUGGACACAACAAAGCACUUCAUAUCGCGAUCAAAUGUCGUGAUAAGAUUGUGACCCGAGUUCUGAUUGAUGGCGGUUCUGGAUGUAACAUCUGCCCUUUCACAACUCUGAGAGUUUUAGGCUUGAAUAUGGGAGAUAUAGAGGAAAGUCGUGUAAAGGUUAGAGCUUUUGAUGGAGCACAGAGAAGCGUCAUUGGAGAAAUCCAUCUCACAUUGCAAGUGGGACCAGCAGAAUUCCCUAUUUUAUUUCAAGUGAUGGAUGUGUCAUCAAACUACAACCUGUUGCUGGGAAGACCAUGGGUCCAUAUGGCAAAAGCAGUUCCUUCAACUCUUCAUCAAUGUGUAAAGUUUGAGUGGGGUCACACAGAAGUUACUGUUCAUGGGGAGCUCAAUCACCCCAUCUAUUCUGUCAAUUCUGUUCCAGUAACUGAGGAAUUAGAUGGAGCCACUUUUCACACUUUAGAAAUCAUGCAAGCUGUGAGGAUUGACGAGAAGUUAGAGUCGGUUGGUGUGAAAUUGUCAGGGGCAACGAAGAUGGUCGCAGCAAAGAUGUUGAAAUACGGGUAUCAGCCUAAGACAGGACUUGGACCCAGGGCCAAUGGCAUAGUUGAACCCAUCCAGUUGAAGCAUCAGAAAGGUACCACUGGACUCGGAUAUGGAUCUACAUCGGGACGAGUCCACAACAGGGGAUCCAUUAAGACAACGUUCGUACCAGAGCAAGUUUCGAUUCUAGAUCACGCAUCUGACGAUGAUAUAGUGGAAGGAAUAGGAAAUUUGUUCGUGGCCAUGAUUGGAGAAGAGGAAGAGAUAGAUCUCCGCAAAUUGAGCAUCCGUGAUUCCAAGCCUGGAGAAAGCUUGCAGAAUUGGACCGUCAGUCCUUCCCUGUUUCGACAAAAGUCCUGGUAG